CUUUCUCUCUCAAAAGUAAACAAACAUUAAAAAAAAAAAAAGAUUUCACGCUUCCUUUUGGGUCCACUCCAGCACACUCCACUUAAGUUGGAAAGAAGGCAUGAGCGUGGGCAAAACGAUCCAGUCUGUUUUAGAUACACUUCGGCUCUAUGCUAGCCACUCCCUGGCUCUGUGGCCGGGGCCAAGUUACUUGAAUUUUCUAGGCCAGUUUUCACCCACCUGCCUGGGGCGGGUUAGGGGGCGGUUAAAUGUCAACCACUCGGGAUGGCGUCUCAGGUUGUUAAUAUAUAGUCAUUUGAAAAACAAAACAAAAAAAGCCAACGUGAGAUUACUUGUAUCUACUAGCCUGUAAAAUCCGCAAGGACGCCAAAGAAACGUUAACCCAGGGUACAGCUAGCCCUAAACCACGCGGGUGAAGGCGAUUCCGGACUUUGAGACUUAAUCUGACGUGGCGGGGCGGGACUUCCGGCGGGAGACGGAAACGGAGCGAGAGGCGCGGACCGGCAGGCGCGGGUGACAGGUCUGUGGUCUCCGGGCGCAGCGCGGAAGCCGGGAAAGCAAGGCAGGACCUGGGCUCCAUUGCCGGCUCUCCGAGCACUGCGACGCCGACGUCCGUGCCAGGAUGGCUCGGGGCGAGCGGCGGCGCCGUGGAACCCCGGCAGAAGGAGCGCGGAUAGCUGAAAGGGUGGUUCGGGGCGGCCCCGCACGACGGGGCGGCGCGGCCCGUGGCGCUGUCGGGAGAGCGGCUCUGGGCGUUGUGGUCCUGUCUCUGGCCCUGGGCCUGUCAGGAUUCUGGCUGCUGGCGUGGCACCGUGUGCGGCGGGCGGUCACACUGCACUCCGCGCCCUCGGCACUGCCUCCCGACUCUUCCAGCCCCGCCGUGGCCCCGGACCUCUUCUGGGGCACCUACCGCCCUCACGUCUACUUUGGCAUGAAGACUCGCAGUCCGAAGCCGCUCCUCACCGGACUGAUGUGGGCGCAGCAAGGCGCCACCGCAGGGACCCCUAAGCUCAGGCACACGUGUGAGCAGGGGGACGGCGUGGGUCCCUAUGGCUGGGAGUUCCACGACGGUCUCUCCUUCGGGCGGCAACACAUCCAGGAUGGGGCCCUAAGACUCACGACUGAGUUCGUCAAGAGGCCUGGGGGUCAGCACGGAGGGGACUGGAGCUGGAGAGUGACUGUAGAGCCUCAGGCCUCGGAUACCUCUGCCCUGCCUUUGGUGUCCCUGUUCUUCUAUGUGGUGACAGAUGGCAAGGAAGUCCUAGUACCAGAGGUUGGGGCCAAAGGGCAGUUGAAGUUCAUCAGUGGACACUCCAGUGAACUUGGUGACUUCCGCUUUACACUUAUGCCACCAACCCAUCCAGGGGAUACUGCCCCCAAGUAUAGCAGCUACAAUGUCUUCUGGUCCUCCAACCCAGGACUUCCCUUGCUAACAGAGAUGGUGAAGAGUCGCCUAAGAAGCUGGUUUCAGCAUCGGCCCCCAGGGGCUUCCCCUGAACGCUACCUCGGCUUGCCAGGAUCUCUGAAGUGGGAGGAGAGAGGCCCAAGUGGGCAAGGACAGGGACAAGGGCAAUUCUUGAUACAACAGGUGACACUGAAAGUCCCCUUUUCUGUGGAGUUGGUGUUUGAAUCGGGCAGUGCCCGGGCAGGAGAAAGACAAGCCCUGGCACAGUUGGCAGGCAGCCUGCUCACCCAGGCCCUGGAGAGCCAUGCUGAAGCCUUUAGAGAGCGCUUUGAGAAGACCUUUCAGCUGAAGAAGAAGGGGCUGAGCUCUGAGGAGCAGGUUUUGGGUCAGGCUGCCCUCAGUGGCCUCCUUGGUGGAAUUGGCUACUUCUAUGGACAGGGUCUGGUGUUGGCAGACAUGGGGGUUGAGGGGUCUGAGCAGAAGGUGGACCCAGCUCUCUUUCCACCUGUCCCUCUUUUCACAGCAGUGCCCUCCCGAUCAUUCUUCCCACGAGGCUUCCUCUGGGAUGAGGGCUUUCACCAGCUGGUGGUACAGCGGUGGGAUCCCCGCCUUACCCGGGAAGCCCUAGGCCACUGGUUGGGGCUGCUCAAUGCUGAUGGCUGGAUUGGACGAGAGCAGGUACUGGGAGAUGAGGCCCGAGCCCGGGUGCCCCCAGAAUUCCUGGUGCAACGGGCAGCCCAUGCCAACCCCCCAACCCUGCUUUUGCCUGUAGCCCACAUGCUAGAGGGUGGUGACCCUGCUGACUUUGCCUUCCUCCGCAGGGCCUUCCCCCGUCUGCAUGCCUGGUUCUCCUGGCUCUACAAGAGCCAGGCAGGGCCAGUGCCACUAUCUUACCGCUGGCGGGGCCGGGACCCCGCUUUGCCAACGCUGUUGAACCCUAAGACACUGCCUUCAGGGCUGGAUGACUAUCCCCGAGCUUCACACCCCUCAGCCAGUGAGCGGCACCUUGACCUGCGGUGCUGGGUGGCACUGGGUGCCCGUGUGCUGGUGCGGCUGGCAGAACAGCUGGGAGAGGCUGAGGCGGCUGCAGAGCUGGGCCCACUGGCUGCCUCACUGGAGGCAGAGGAGAGCCUGGAUGAGCUGCACUGGGCCCCAGAGCUAGGAGUCUUUGCAGACUUUGGAAACCACACAAAAGCAGUGCAGCUGAAGCCUCGGCCCCCCCAGGGGCUGGUGCGGGUAGUGGGGCGGCCCCACCCUCGCUUACAGUAUGUGGAUGCCUUGGGCUACGUCAGUCUUUUUCCCAUGCUGCUGCGGCUGCUGGACCCCAACUCAUCCCGCCUCGGGCCCCUGCUGGAUGUUCUAGCUGACAGCCGCCAUCUCUGGAGCCCCUUUGGUUUGCGCUCCCUCGCAGCCUCCAGCCCCUUUUAUGGCCAGCGCAAUUCAGAGCAUGAUCCUCCCUACUGGCGGGGUGCUGUGUGGCUCAAUGUUAACUACCUAGCCUUAGGGGCUCUCUACCACUAUGGUCAUCUGGAGGGUCCCCACCGGGCCCGGGCUGCCAAGCUCCACAGUGAGCUCCGUGCCAAUGUGGUAGGCAAUGUGUGGCGGCAGUACCAGGCCACAGGUUUCCUUUGGGAGCAGUAUAGUGACCGAGAUGGGAGGGGUAUGGGCUGCCGCCCUUUCCAAGGCUGGACCAGCCUUGUCCUACUGGCCAUGGCUGAAGACUACUGAAGGGGAAGGGUGAGAGGGGAGCCAGGUCCCCACUCUGGACUAAAGGGACCAGGUCCCUAGCUUCUGCCCCCAGCCCUCAGAUACUAGCGCUUCAAACUUUCCUCAGCUCAUCUCAGGUGUCUCCUUACUGUCAUCCCACAUAGCCCCGGGGUGAAUGUGAAUUCAGAGUCUAUUUUUCUAAAUAAAUUGGAAAACCAUGCCAAACUCCA